AUGUCCCCCAACUACAUGCGGAGCUUCUCGGAGGGAUGUCUCAGACCACCAACGGUAAUUGGCCAAUUCCACACUCUUUUCUUUGGCUCAGUCCGUUUGUUUUUCCUUGGCGUUUUGGGCUUUGCUGUUUAUGGAAAUGAGGCCUUGCAUUUCAGCUGUGACCCAGACAAGAGAGAGGUUAAUCUUUUCUGUUACAACCAGUUCAGGCCUAUAACUCCUCAGGUAUUCUGGGCAUUACAGCUGGUGAUUGUACUGGUACCCGGAGCCUUUUUUCACCUUUAUGCUGCGUGUAAGAGCAUCAAACAGGAAGAUAUCCUCCAAAAGUCAUUCUAUGCUGGUUUUUAUAUCUUCUCUGUUUUCUUAAGGAUUAUCCUUGAAGCUGUGGCUUUUUGGCUUCAGAUUCAGCUCUUUGGUUUCAAAGUGAACGCAAGCUACAUGUGUGAUAUGGGAGUACUUGAAAAAAAUUUUAACAUUACCCGGUGCAUGGUGCCAGAGCACUUUGAAAAGACAAUUUUUCUUAUUGCAAUGUAUACAUUUACUGUGAUUACAGUGGUCUUGUGUGUUGCUGAGAUUUUUGAGAUCUCAUGUAGAAGGCUGUUUCUUAAAAACUCAGUGAUGUCAAUCACUCCUAGUCAUUUACCACCCUGUCCACCUGCAGUUUUAUAA